AUGGACGUCAUUCGAUUGCUGCAGUUUGGUUGUGAGAAGCCAAUGAAUAUGUUUAAGUUCGGUUGCAUCGUAUUUGUCGUGGCGAUAGCCGCCUCCCAGGCAUACCUUCACCAGGAGCAAACGAAACAUGCGGCUGCAGAGCAUCAUCAGGAAUCUGAGCACGGAGAUGAUGCCCACAAAAGCCACCACGAGGAUUAUUUCUCCCAUCCAAAGUAUAAAUUCGAAUAUGGAGUCAAGGAUGACCAUACGGGAGACCACAAGACUCACUGGGAACAUCGUGAUGGAGAUGUCGUGAAGGGACAGUAUUCGCUGCACGAUGCUGAUGGUUCGGAGCGUGUUGUCGAGUAUACCGCUGAUCCUCAUCACGGGUUUAACGCUGUUGUGAAGAAGGUUGAACAUGCUCAUCAGAAAGCUGAACACCACAGUGCGCCAUUGGUUGCGGAUGAUAGCAACCAUCAUCAUCACUAUCAACAUUAUCAUCAUCAACCGGAAUAUUACAGCCAUUAG